AUGGCGGUUCAAGCUAUAACGGAAAAUUCCGAUGAUAUAGCUUCCGCAAAAGUAGAUAACGCAUUAAAAAGAAUUCCAGCAUACAAGGUUGGCCUAGCUUAUAGUGAAUUAACGAGAAAAGGAAAAGUACACAAGUUGAUUUUUCGUGAAGUUAUAGACAAAUUGGCUUCUGAACAUAGCUUGGUGCAACAUGCGUUACAAUGUUAUAAUGACAUGAUAUCCAAAGGUUACUAUCCAGAUGUAUGGACUUAUAAUAGACUGAUAGAUAGUGUCUGCAAAUCUGAUGAUUUAAGUACUGCUUGGAAGAUAAUAGAAGAUAUGAUUCGUGUUGGCGUACAUCCUGAUAUUGUUACUUUUAACAUUUUGUUAAAUCGUCAAAUAUCGCGCAAAGAUUGGAAUCAAGCAGUUAGAAUUCUUGAUAUGAUUCAAGAAGCUGGGUUACAUCCAUCAGAAAGCACGUUGAAUACUUUAACACGAAAUAAACUACUUGAAAAACUAAGUUCUAAAGAAGCGCAUGAAUAUUCAGCAAUCGUAUUAAAACGAAUGACCCUUUUUAAUCGUCUGGAAUGGUUCGCAACUCUCGGAAGUACUACAAAACUAAUACAGAUUUAUCAAGAUAUGAUUACAAGUGGGCCAAGUAAAGACAUUCAUACGUUUGAAAUAAUCAUGCGAAACUUAUUCACAGGGCGAUAUAGUGACAAAGUCAAGGAGCUCUACGAUGAAAUGCGCAAAUUAGGAGCAGAACCAACUUUGGUUUUGUACAACAUUUUAAUUGAAGGAUUUGUAAAACUGGAAGACAUGAAUAAUGCGCAGUGCUUAUACCGUGAUAUGUCAUUAAGGUCAAUAACCGCACGUAAGCUCUUUGACAUGCUUCUUGAAACAGAGGAUCAAAAACCCAAUCUUUAUAUUUUUAAUAGUCUCAUCUCAGGUUAUGCAAACGUUGCCAAAGAUAUGGAUGAAGCCAAACGACUCUUAUUCCAUCAUCCCAUUACACGAGCGUUGCAACUUAAUGCUUUAACAUUUAAUAUUGUUAUACAAGCAUAUACUAUGCAGAAUGAGAUGGAUGCAGCAAUGGAUUUAUUGCGACAAAUGGAAAAUAUAUACGGUGUUGAACCAAAUGCAUGGACUUUUUAUCACCUAAUUACAGGUUACUUGAAUCACGGUCAUUUUAAUCAAGCAUUAGCAUUACUUAAAUAUAUGUCUGAAAAAGGAAUUAAACCGGACUGGCGAUUGAAAAAAACACUUAGAGAAAUAAAGUAUAAAAUUAUGUAUAAUAAUCCUGUAAAUUUAAUAUCACAAAUAAACCCUCAGUAG